AAUAUUUUAAGUUUCUAACCCAUAAUUGAUAUUGGUCUUAAGUACCAAAGUCCGCCUACUAUAACCAUAGCUUUAAUCCCAGUGAGGCAAAUAGAAAUCAGAGCCCAAAUUCUAAUUGUAGUAAAUUCUUUGGCCCCAGUACUAAAAAAAAUAAGGCUUUACACCUUGACGCCUACCUCCACGGCUUCACGCCUGCACCUUCCUCGAACUCUCUUAAUUCUCUCUUAAAAUGCAGAAACAAACCCCUUGGGAUUAACGGUUUUCAGAUCUCAGGGAUUGACCUUAUUCCCAUUUUUCUUUGCUCAAUACUAAUGCAUCACAACCCAAAGCGUUAACUCUGAUGAUGGGUUUCAAUCAAACCUUGAAGCAUUUCUUCGCUUUGCUUCUCAUCCUUUUUGUCUUCCUCAUCGUCUCCUUCGCUUGCCCUGCCUCAUGCAAUGAAAUGCUACCCAAGAAUACUCCUUCCAACCAACCUGCACCCGCCUACCAAGUGUUGGACAUCAAGAACACCACGCCCUUCUUCUUGAACAAGCAAGAAUUCGACAAGAAGAGAAAGAGGAAGAUGAGCAGAAGAAAGACCAGCAAGAAGCACUUCAAAGCCAGGCCUUUCUCUGUGAUGCUUCCCAAGGGUUUUGUCCCUCCUUCGGGUUCAUCUCCAUGCCACAAUGACAAGCCCGACUCUUCGGUUGUCCUUUUCUGUGGCCUCUCCGCUGCAAAACCCUAGAGCUCGGUAACCAUCUCAAGAUGUUUCAUCUGAAACUGAGCAGAUAUAAAGAUACAUGGUUAGUGCAAGUGGAUUUUUGUUGUGCUUUUCACCUUGUUUUUGAAUCUUUCUUCAUCUCCUUUUUGCUUUGAGGUCUUGAUAUUCAAUCGAGAAAGCUAUACAUCGAUCUUGUAAUGAGGGACAUAUAAUAAAAGUGGAAAUAGUACAUAGAUAUAUAGUAUUAGAGUUCUGAAAUUCCUUCUGUUAAUUUUUGCCUCUGUAUUCCAUGCAUUCUCAUUGCAUAUAAAACCCUGUUCCGUUCAGGGAUAAUAUACAGUGUAACAUGGCUAGGGAUUUUAUUUUA